CCAAUUACGAAAAAAAUAGUCGAGUUUAUAAACCCCCAGUUGACAAUCCUCACCCCUACACAUUCACGCGUUGGUUCAAAGCUUCCGUCUCCUUCUCUCUCUCUCUCUCCCUCGAUCUCCAUCUUCAAGAUCCCUCUGCGAAAGCUCAUCGAAGGGAUCCGUAGCCAGAAAUGGGGCUUACAUUCACGAAGCUUUUCAGCCGGCUUUUUGCCAAGAAGGAGAUGCGAAUUCUGAUGGUCGGUCUUGAUGCCGCCGGUAAGACCACCAUCCUCUACAAGCUCAAGCUUGGUGAGAUCGUCACAACCAUUCCCACCAUUGGGUUUAAUGUGGAGACUGUGGAGUACAAGAACAUCAGCUUCACUGUCUGGGAUGUCGGGGGUCAGGACAAGAUCCGACCAUUGUGGAGGCACUACUUCCAAAACACACAGGGUCUUAUCUUUGUUGUGGACAGCAAUGACAGAGACCGUGUUGUUGAGGCAAGGGAUGAAUUGCAUAGGAUGUUGAAUGAGGAUGAACUGCGUGAUGCUGUGUUGCUCGUAUUUGCUAAUAAACAAGAUCUUCCCAAUGCAAUGAAUGCUGCCGAAAUCACUGAUAAGCUUGGCCUGCACUCUCUGAGACAGCGUCACUGGUACAUUCAGAGCACCUGUGCAACCUCUGGGGAGGGUCUAUAUGAGGGGCUCGAUUGGCUCUCCAACAACAUUGCUAACAAGGCGUGAUCGUAUUGAGGAGUCAUUUUGUGGACCGGAAAUUCUGGAUGCAGGGGUGAACAUUAUCUUGUUCUUUUUGUUUUUUCUUGAGACAAUUGAAUUGUUGUUAAAUCUUGUAUUUCUUCUGGGAAUUCUCAUUUCGUGUAGGAGGAAGACCUUUAAUAUUAUGUUAUGAUAGAAAGAACGAAUGAGUGGGAGUGGGAGUGGGGUUGGUCAAAUCAAAUGUAUACAUUUGAGCUCUUGGUUGGAUUUUGGAUACAGUUUCUGAAUUGUAAUUGCUAUGUCUACUGUUGUGUUGUG